AUGCUCCAAGUCUUACAAAUUGUCCGCGACAAUCCCACAGGCAGCCAAUUCCUUAUGUCUUCCUCCACAAUCCCGAAUCUCAAUGCGUUCCGUCGCGGUCAACGAGGCAGGGGCAGGGGCAGCGGCCGAGGCGUCGGAUCAUCGCAUUCUGGUGCAGCUGGGCUCGGACACGGAAGGCACAGGCCCCAUGACGAGAUCAUCCAGAAUACCGACAAUGACGCUGCUACCUCCCGCUUAAGCGCAGUGGAAGCUGGAUAUCUCGAGGAUCCAUUUGCGAGGCUACUGAGCGCGGAUGAAGAUGGACCCGUCGCCCGGCGGCUGCCAUUGAUGAAUCGAGGAACAUACCUCCGGACUGCGUCCAUUGACCGCAUCGUGGACACGUUCCUGUCUUCUACGGGCCAUGGAUGCAGGCAGAUUAUCUCCUUGGGUGCAGGCAGUGACACCAGAUACUUCCGUUUGAAACACAAACGCCAAAACCUUGCCAUCGUUUACCAUGAGGUGGAUUUCGAGGCCAACACUCGCCGGAAAAUUGGUCGACUACGAAGUCCCCCCUUUGCAGACAAAGCCAAGACCCUUGCAGGAGUAGACAUGCAUGCAUCUGACGUCCGCCUCUCAGAGGAUGGUUCAACCCUCAGGUCUUCGGAGUACAACAUCCAUCCACAGGAUCUACGACGUCUACCCCGUGAUAACGCAGAUUUGACGGGAGUGGACAAAGACCUGCCCACUCUGAUCAUAUCAGAGUGCUGCCUCGUCUAUCUUCCUCCUGAAGAUGCCGACGCGGUGCUGCGGUACUUUAGCCAACUCUUCCCCUCCACUACCCCUCUUGCCAUUGUCGUGUACGAGCCCAUACGGCCGCACGACUCUUUUGGCAGGACAAUGGUCCGCAAUCUGAUGAGCAGAGGUAUACAGUUGCAGACUCUAGAAAAAUACGCCGGACUUGCAGAACAGCAGGAAAGAUUGAAGACGUACGGCUUCAGGGGAGACGAUGGGACAGGAUCAGGUGCAGAAGCCGUUGAUAUCAACUUUAUUUGGCAAAGAUGGACGCCGCCAGAGGAGAAGGAGCGGGUAGACGGACUGGAGUGGAUGGAUGAGCUCGAGGAGUUUGUUCUCCUUGCAAAACACUACUGUAUAUGCUGGGGCUGGCGUGGGUAUGGGGAAGGCUCGGGCUGGAAGGAGUUGCCUAGUAGUAGCCCAAAUUGA